CCAACAAAUUUUGACUGAAACAAUUCCCUCUCGUCCUUCUCAGUGCUCAAAACCCUAGAACCCAAAAAACCAUACAAAUUUCCAAAGUGAAGAGUCGAAAGACCAGAACUUUGAUGCUACAUUUCGACGGGUUUUUGUUUUUGAAGAGCAUCUUUGUACAGUUUCGAUCACAGAAGAAGAGAUAGAAGGGAAGCAAUGGAUGCCCAGAUGGAGAACAUCGAAGAAAACGCCUUGUCCACCAUCAAAACCGUUCGUUCCCAACUGGAAUCCCGAAUCGAGACCCAACGAGCUGCCCAGUUCGAACUUCUGGCCUCUCUUCAGUACCAAAUCCCUGACAUGGUGUCCUCCAUCGACCUAUCUCUUAAGGUCAUCUCCUCCUUCAACCAUCGCCCCUUCACACCCACGCCAACUCUGCCCGAACGGAAGGAUACCAAGAAAGUCCUAGAAAUUUCACACCCGAAACCCCUGCUAACAAAGAUCCAGGGCACCAAAAACGAAUCAGGCAAACAAAGCGGUCACGGGGAUGGUGAUGGUGCCGAAAGGUUUGGGCUUGAUGAGAAUGGGAGUCCUUUGUCGGUUGUUAGGUCGAUGGUGGCGGUGUGCUUGAUUCAGAGGGUACCCUUUAAUCCGAUUGAUUCGUCGACUAUGUUGAGAAAGCUGGAGAAUGAUCAGAGUGUGACUGCCGCGGAGAAGGCGUCUUUGAGAGAGGUUGGUGGAGAGUCCGGGGCUAUUUUGGCAGUUGAAAUGGCUUUGAGGUCUAUGGCGGAAGAUAAUGGUGGAGUUGAGCUUGAGGAGUUUGUGGUUAGUGGUAAAUCGAGAGUUAUGGUUUUGAAUAUUGACAGAACCAGACUUCUUAAAGAAUUGCCUGAGAGUAAGCAAUAUCAGGAACUAAAUAAUUCGCUCGGAAGAGAUGAGAAUACUCAGAAUUUGAAUCAAAAUCAAGGUCAGAGUCAGCAGGGGCUUGAUAGUGGGGGGUUUGGGAUGGCUAGGCCAAUGCAAGAUAUGUGGAUGGGGCCACCUGGUGAUCACCAUAUGCUUGGGCCAAUGAUGGGGCCUAGGGGCGCUGGGAGAGGAAUGGGGAUGAUGGGAAUGGGGAGAGGGACGAUGCCUCGACCUCCUCUUGGGCCAAAUGCAAUACCUGGGCCACAGCAGAAGCCAAGGACUGAGGAGGAUGAUAUGAAAGAUUUGGAGGCUUUGUUGAACAAGAAGUCCUUCAAGGAGAUGCAGCAAUCGAAGACUGGGGAGGAGCUUCUUGAUCUCAUUCACCGACCAACUGCUAAGGAAACUGCUGUGGCUGCUAAGUUCAAAACUAAAGGUGGCUCCCAAUUGAAGGAAUAUUGUUCUUCUCUAACCAAGGAGGAUUGCCGACGUCAAUCUGGUUCCUUUAUAGCAUGUGUAAAGGUUCAUUUCCGGCGAAUAAUUGCUCUGCAUACGGACAUUAAUUUAGGGGACUGUUCCUUCCUCGAUACUUGCCGUCACAUGAAAACAUGCAAAUAUGUUCACUAUGAGCUUGAUCCAGUUCCAGAUUUGCCACCUAUGAUGAUGGGGGCUGCAGCUCUUCCACCCCCCAAACCAUUGAAGCCUCAGCGUGCCCAUUAUUGCUCAGAAGUAGAACUUGGUGAACCACAGUGGAUUAAUUGUGAUAUUCGUAAUUUUAGAAUGGACAUUUUAGGACAAUUUGGAGUCAUAAUGGCAGAUCCACCAUGGGACAUUCAUAUGGAAUUGCCUUAUGGGACGAUGGCGGACGAUGAAAUGCGCACUCUUAAUGUUCCUGCAUUGCAAACCGAUGGUCUUAUAUUUCUAUGGGUCACUGGUCGUGCGAUGGAGCUUGGGCGUGAAUGUUUAGAACUUUGGGGGUACAAGCGUGUUGAGGAGAUAAUAUGGGUUAAAACGAAUCAGCUUCAGCGAAUAAUUAGAACUGGGCGGACAGGCCAUUGGCUCAACCACAGUAAAGAGCAUUGCCUUGUUGGAAUAAAGGGAAAUCCAGAAGUAAAUAGGAACAUUGACACUGAUGUUAUUGUUGCUGAGGUUCGAGAGACUAGUCGUAAGCCAGAUGAGAUGUACCCUUUGCUGGAGAGAAUCAGUCCAAGGACACGAAAGCUAGAACUAUUUGCUCGAAUGCACAACACUCAUGCAGGGUGGAUGUCUCUGGGCAAUCAAUUACAAGGAGUACGAUUGGUGGAUGAAGGCCUGCGAGCAAGAUUCAAGGCUGCUUACCCAGAGGUAGAGGUACAGCCCUCAUCUCCUCCGAGGGCUUCUGCAAUGGAAAUAGACUCUAAUAUUAGUCAAACAAGAAGCCCUUUUACUGUCGGAGAAUCCAAGUCAACAACAGCUCAGUUUUCCGAGGCUGCACCACCAGAUGCAUCCCAUGCUUCAGGAGAGAAGCAAAUGGCCAUCGAUACUGAUCCCGUUUGCUGAAGGAUCUUGAACCUAGUUAGUCCACAGAUGAUGUCUAGACUUUGGGGAUUCUAGUUGAAUCCAGAUCAUGGAGAGUGAUAUAUUCAUUGGCAUUUUGUUGCUAAUGCUCAUUUGUAUUUGUCAAAUGUGAGAACCAGUAGAUCUACAAUUAGUCUCCUUUUUAUGAAGACCCAUGUUAGAUCAGCCUAAAUAAAUGUAUUAAUCUAGCUUCCACAGAAUCUGAAAGCAGAGAUAUUGUGGCCUUUUACUAUCAAAAGUUUAUGGUCUCCAUCUUCUAUAAUAUUUUUUGGAUUUGUGACCCA